AUAAAUGAGAUAAUUAACAGUGCCAGUUCUUCAUCUACCCCACUCAAAUCGUUAAACUUCACGCCUGCAACAUCCCAAACUUCAUCUCCAAGCCUUCCGAUCUUUCUUCCUCGCUGGCACAAAACAAAAAACAAAAGAAAGGGCUUUCUCCUUUCCCCAAAUCAAUCAAACCCCAGUUUUGGUCUUGCGCUAUGCCAUAGUUUCUGCAGUGGAUUUGGCUUCAGAGUUCCUCCCGAAUCUCCUCGACUUCUCUUCUUCUUUGAAGCGAUUCCAAUCCCUGCCUCUUUUCGCAGCCAUCUGAAAAAGAACAGUCUACAGUAACUUUCAAAGAAAAGGGCUAGAUGGCAGAUCUGGGAGAUAUAGGGCUUGCAGCUGCAAUUAAUAUUGUCACAGCAUUAGUUUUUCUGGUGGCAUUUGCAAUUUUAAGGCUUCAGCCGUUCAACGACCGAGUGUAUUUCCCAAAAUGGUAUCUUAAAGGUUUGAGAAACAGCCCUUCACACUCCGGGGCAUUUGUGAAAAGAAUUGUUAAUUUGGAUUGGAGAUCAUAUGUGAGGUUUCUGAACUGGAUACCGGAUGCACUUAAGAUGCCCGAACCAGAGCUCAUUGAUCAUGCUGGGCUUGACUCUGCUGCAUAUUUGAGGAUUUACUUACUCGGGCUGAAGAUCUUUGUUCCUAUAGCAUUUCUUGCAUGGUCUGUCCUAGUACCUGUUAACUGGACCAAUCACACCUUGAGAGACUCCAACUUAACCUAUAAUGAAAUUGAUAAGCUUUCUAUUUCAAAUAUUCCAGAAAGAUCACCCAGGUUUUGGACUCAUAUUGUGAUGGCCUAUGCCUUUACAUUUUGGACAUGCUAUGUCUUGCGGGCUGAGUAUGCAAAAGUUGCUGAGUUGCGUCUUCACUUUCUUGCUUCCGAAAAGCGGCGACCAGAUCAAUUUACAGUCCUUGUUCGGAAUGUUCCUUCCGAUCCGGAUGAAUCAUACAGUCAAAGUGUAGAGCAUUUCUUUCUUGUUAACCAUCAAGAUUAUCUAACCAAUCAGGUUGUAUGCAAUGCAAACAAACUUGCCAAAUUGGUCGAGGAGAGGAAGAGUAAGAAAAAUUGGCUUGAUUACUACCAGUUAAAGUAUUCUAGGAGCAGUCGGUCACAACGCCCCACGAUGAAGACUGGUUUUCUUGGCUGCUGGGGAAGUAAAGUGGAUGCUAUAGACCAUCAAACAGCUGAGAUUGAUCGGUUAUCAAAAGAAAUUGCUAAAGAGAGAGAAAGGGUGAAAAAUGAUCCAAAAGCCCUCAUGCCAGCAGCAUUUGUCUCCUUCAGAUCUCGGUGGUCCGCUGCGGUUUGUGCACAAACACAACAGACUCGAAACCCCACUUUGUGGUUGACAGAGUGGGCCCCAGAACCGCGUGAUGUAUACUGGCAAAACCUGGCAAUUCCAUAUGUUUCGUUGACAAUUAGGAAGCUCAUCAUCGGUGUUGCCUUCUUUUUCCUCACUUUCUUUUUCAUGAUUCCUGUUGCAUCUGUCCAAGGACUUGCCAAUAUUGAAGGUAUCCGAAAAAGGGCACCCUUUUUGAAGGUUAUCAUUGACAUACCCUUUGUCAAAUCAUUUAUCCAGGGGUUUCUGCCCGGUCUGGCUUUGAAGAUUUUUCUCAUCCUACUGCCUACCAUACUGAUGCUGAUGUCCAAAUUUGAAGGCUUUCUCAGUUUAUCAUCUUUGGAGCGAAGAGCUGCUUCCAGAUAUUAUAUUUUCAACUUUGUGAAUGUCUUCUUUGCAAGCAUAAUCGCAGGAGCUGCCUUUGAGCAAUUGAACACCUUCAUCCAUCAGUCAGCCAACAAAAUACCGGAAACUAUUGGAGCAGCAAUCCCAAUGAAAGCAACUUUCUUCAUAACCUAUAUAAUGGUGGACGGAUGGGCUGGAACUGCUGGGGAGAUCUUGAGGCUGAAACCACUCAUAAUCUUCCAUCUUAAGAAUUUUUUCCUAGUUAAGACUGAAAAGGACAGGGAGGAGGCAAUGGACCCCGGAAGCAUUGGCUUCAAUACGGGCGAACCCCAAAUACAGUUAUACUUCUUGUUAGGCCUCGUUUAUGCCGUCGUCACCCCAUUACUUCUUCCCUUUAUACUGGUUUUCUUUAGUCUGGCAUAUGUCGUAUAUCGACAUCAGAUCAUCAAUGUGUACAACCAAGAGUAUGAAAGUGGAGCUGCAUUCUGGCCGGAUGUCCAUGGGCGAAUCAUAUUUGCUUUGGUCUUCUCUCAGAUCUCUACAUUGGGACUGCUGAGCACAAAACACGCUGCCACGUCAGCACCCUUCCUACUCGCGCUUCCUAUAUUAACCAUCUCCUUUCAUUUGUUCUGCAAGGGCCGCUACGAACCAGCUUUCACCAAAUAUCCACUUCAGGAAGCAAAAAGGAAAGACACCCUAGAGAGAGCGACCGAGCCUGCCCUGAACCUAAAAGCAUACCUUCAAGAUGCUUACGUGCACCCGAUUUUCAAAGAAGGAGAUGACGAGGACGACGAGGAUGACGGUGGGAACCUCGAGAAGUUGGAGCACGACGGCGGGGUUGUGGUCCCCACGAAACGAAACUCCCGGAGAAGCACGCCUGCUGCAAGCAAAGUCAGUGGCGGAUCCUCCCCAUCGAUCCCGGACGCGAUUUUGGAAAAAGAACCCUGAGAAAUUGAUUGAUUGAUUGGUUGAGUCUUUGUGUUUGGUGGUCAGUUUCUAGUGUGAUGAGUCUUUGUUUUAGGAGUUUGAUGAAAAGAAGAUGAAAUGUAAAUUAUGGUCUUCCAUUAUGGUGG